CCAGUCUUAGGACUGAUGACCUUGUAAUGAUGUCAAUUAUGACACCGGGGAUUCUAUGUAUUUUUCCAUGGUUAAUCUAUCCAUGGCCAGUGGCAGGAGCAGCCCUUUGGAUGGCACAACUUCAAGACGUCUUAAUACCCAUUGGUUUGGGUCUAGUCGAUACCAGAUUUUGUACAUGGGUGACCAGUGUUUAUAGGUGUUCUGACAGGCACGUAGAAGAUGAAAAACUUCCACAAGUUGGGCUUGACGGGAAGUUUCGUCAUUUCGAAAGUCAGCCUCAAAGUUUAGAAAUAAACCAUCCUGUUCCCGAGAGAGUUAGAGCAGUGCAACAUUCGGAACAUAAAUUUCCCAUAACUAAUGGUUCGUUGUACACCAGCAUAGAUGGCAGGCUACCUAUUAUUCACAAUUACCGAAGGCACAAAAAUCAAACAGGAAUGAAGAUAUCAACAAUACAAUCGGCAAACAUGGACAUCCACUCAUCUCACUUACUUAGACAGGAACAGAUUUCUAAUCCAGACAAUUCUUCUUCUCAAACAUUCCACCACAGCAUUUCCCCACCCAAUUUGACCCAUAACUACUGCUACAGAGGAAAUCUAAUUAACUCUAAUGUAACAAACCAUUCAAACGAUGAUACCUCUUCUAAUCACGACAUUAGGUACAGACCAAACUUGAACAAUAAAUCCAUGCUUCAACGUAUUCAUCGCGACAGUUUCAUACUUCACUCCAGACCACUUCACAAACGGAUCAGUAUAAGUCACGAUAGUGUCAGAAAUGCACCUUUGAUGGAAAACAAUUGGCCAAGCAGUUCGAGUUUUGCUGUCCAGAACUUGAACCGAAUUAAAGCCAGUGGAAACAAAAACAGUAGAAGACACGGGUUCGGUUUAGAUCACAGGAAGAGUAAAAGUGAGGAUGCUUUAAACGACCUACAAACAGACUUACAGAGGUUCAAGCAAAAUCCUGGCUUCUAUGAAGUUAGCAAUGGACACAAAUUCUCCAAAAAUGGCAAUGUUACCAGUGAUUGUAGCUCCGAUGAUGAUAGCUUUACGGAUCAAGGAAAUUCAGGGCAAGAGAACGAUGGAGAAUCUCAAAGUGGGUAUUCCAUAACAACUGAUGGUAACUGCGAUUUCGAUUUCUACCAGAACGACAGGUACUACCAGAAACCCAACCGAAACCAAGAUAAUAUACCGGAGUACUCGUACACGUCAUACAGUGACGAGUUCAUCAGGCCCACAAUGUCCACCUUUAAACCUGCACGGUUACAAGCCCAAAAAAAUGAAGGCCAAAUACAAGGAUACGAUCCUAACAAAAAUAAAAAUGACAAAAAUGAAAAUGACUCCAACAACAAUAACAACAACAACCAAAACCAAAUUCAAAGAAUCAGUGGAAGAUUGUCGAGAACGAGCUCAAAAUCUUCACUUAAGAAUGGAUCAUUCUUGGAUGUGCGGAUAGAAAAUAAUAAUAAUUAUAAUAUUGGCCGGAUAUCGAGAUCCAGUUCGAAGAAGUCUCUGGAAAGUUUCCACGCUUACGUUGAAGAGAAUAUCGCUCCUCGUAUACAAAGAUCGAAUUCUUACGUAACGAACGAAUACAAAUGUAAAUUUAAUCUGAACAGUUUCAGUAGAUUGUCGCGAUCCAAUUCCAAUUUGUCAGAUUGCAGUUGUGUGAAAGAAGUGAAAAAAAGUUCGGCCCUGUAUUCACCCAGAACUGCCUAUUUCGACGAUUUGUUCGCAAAUCAUGGGUUGCAAGCGUACACCAACACAUUUAAAUGUCAAAACCAGGUCCCCAACUGUAGUGUUAGUGUUCCGGAUUUUAAGAAAAUUUUUAUAUCCGAAUAUUUGUAAAUAUUAUUGUACAUUCAAAAAAUAUAUCUCAUGUUUUUUUUUAUUUAUAAA